UCACCUCUAAUCAUUGUCCGCAACCAACACAACGUAUCAUUGCUAUUACUUUACUAUUACAAACAUGUCAGCAACGGAAAAGUUCGACCAUUCUCUCUACAGAACAAAAAUGGCCCUUCUAGCUUCGGGCAUCAAAUUCAGUGAAGGCAACAUGAAUAAAUUCCUAGACCACAUCAUCAACUAUUGGUUGUUCUACUUCAACUGUUUCUGGCUCUACAUGGAUGUGAUUGGCGAGCUGAUCUGGACUUACGAGGGUAUUCAGGAAGGACGAAGCUUUGAAGAAAUCUCCGUUAUGGCUCCAUGUAUCACCGUCUGCCUUCUGGCUACAGCUAAAUCUAUGCCUUUGUACUUACAAAGGGGCAUACUGACCAAUGUAGUUAAGGAACUGAGGGAAAUACAUCCUGAUACUGAUGGAGAUGAAAGCGAAGACGAUGAUGGAGAGAGAAGGAAUGAUGAGGACGUCGUUGUGUUAGAGCGAGACAUAGCAAAAGCGGCGAUCAAGCAUUUUGAUUCUAUCAUGCAGUUGUUUCUGUUCCUGUGUGUGUCUGUGUUCACCUUCUUUUGUUUGUUGCCUCUACUACUGAUGGUGUAUCAGCGGUAUACCACUGGUGUUGCAGAAGUACAGUUUCCAUUUUCUGUGAAGUACUUUUUUGAUAUCGAUGUGAACAGCUCUUCGAUCUGGCCGAUUGUGUAUUUCCAUCAAGUUGUGUCAACCCUGAUAGUCUCCCUCAACGUCUAUGGCUCUGACUCUCUAUUCUACGCGUGCUGCAACUUCAUCCAGAUGCAUUUCCGUAUCCUGCAGUGUCAGAUCGAGUUCCUGAUCGGGAGACAGUGGGGUCCCAGCGACAGUCACACCUUGAAUGAGAAGUUCAAAGGAAUUGUGAGAAGGCAUCAGGGUUUGACUGAGAUCGUCAGACAGCUGGAGUUUUUGUACUCAUACUCAUCACUGUUUAACUUUGUGACAAGUAGCUUUUUGAUUUGUCUGAGCGGGUUCAUUGUUACGACGUCAAAAGAAACACGGCUGGUGCUGUGCUUUGUGACGUUCCUGUUCAUGAGUCUCGCACAAAUAUCCAUAUUUUGCUAUGGAGGAGAUCUUAUUAUGCAGUCCAGCAAGGACGUGUCGGCGGCGGUGUACCGCAGCCGCUGGUUCGUGGCCGACGAGAGGCUGAAGCGGAGCAUGUUCAUCGUGCUGGCAAGGGCUCAGAGGCCGUGUAAACUGACGGCUGCCAAUUUUGCAGAUCUGAACUUGAGCGCUUUUGCAACGGUAUUACGCCGUUCCUGGUCAUAUUUCGCUCUAUUAAAAACAAUGAAUGACCAAUGAAUUUUAUCAACUUAAUAUGUAUACAUGAAAAUAUACUUGUAGCAUGAAAUAAAGUCAUCAAGAUAGA